UGUAACCUUCAUUUCCAUAUAGUUAAGGAAAAACGAUGGAGUUGGUGCAAGAUGGUUUUUUGCAGAGAUAUAAAACCUGGAAACCUACACUGUUGUUAGUAUAUAUAAUAUAAUAAGUCCUUUUCGAGGUCCAGACCGCCGCCGGAAACAACCACCUCCCUAACCUGCAAACCCUCAUCACCCACAAGCCCUCUUGUGGUGGUGGUGGUGCGGCCGACAAUCAUGUUUCUCGCCAGAUUCAACAAACUCAGGUACACUUCUCAAAUCCUCCAUUCCUCAAUUUCAUCACUACCCUUUACAACACAAACAUUCCAUCUAACAACCGACAAACCUACGGUAAACAAUACAACCAUCAACGAACACCACGUGUUAGAUCAAUUGUCUGCCUUGUUACCCAUCCGCCACCACAACAAAUCUUCAAUUUCAGAAUCAGCCCAAAAUCAGGACAUGUUAUUAGCACCUGAAGACAAGUUAAGAGGGGUUUUCAUUCACAAGUUAACCGGAAAAUUUACUGUUAAACAAGCACUAACAGCAGCUGCUGCUGAUGUUAAUGUGAAUAAUAAUAUAGUUGCUAAAGUUCUCAACAGAGGGAACUUAGAUGGAGGGUCUAUGGUUAUGUUAUUCGAGUGGGCGACCGAGCGUAGGACCAUGGCUGAGGAUGUUGGUAGUUAUAAUGUGCUUCUUAAAGCAUUAGGGAGAAGAAAGUUUUUUGCUUUUAUGGAGAGUGUGUUGAGUGAGAUGAGGAGUAAAGGGUUGAAGCCGGAUAACGAAACUUUGUUUAUUUUUAUGGAUAGUUUCGUUAAAGGUAAACGGGUAUCGAAAGCUCUACGUAUGUUUGGGAAAUUAGAAGAGUUUGGGAUGGAGUAUGAUUUGGAUUGUUUGAAAGUUAUGCUUCGAUGCCUUUGUCGGCGUUCUCAUGUGGCCGCUGCGAGCACGUUGGUGAAUAAAAUGAAAGGGAAAGUGCGGUAUGAUGGUGAAACGUAUAAUAUAGUUAUUCGUGGGUGGUCUAGAUUUGGGAGAGUUGAUGAAAUGGAGCGGGUUUUGGAGGACAUGGUGGAAGACGGGUUUGACCCUGAUAGUUUGACUUUUAGCUACCUGCUCGAGGGUUUGGGGAGAAAUGGUCAAAUCGAUAACGCGGUUAAGAUGUUUGAGAACUUGAAAGAACGGAAACUGUGUGUGCUGAAUGCUGCUAUUUUCAAUGCGAUGAUCUUUAAUUUUAUAUCGACUGGAGACAUUGAUGAAUGUUUAAAGUAUUACGAUGCUAUGUUGAGGAAUAACUGUGAACCAGAUAUUGAUACUUAUGUGGCAAUAAUCUUUGCUUUUCUUAAAGCUCGAAGGGUAGCGGAUGCGCUUGAACUGUUCGAUGAAAUGCUAGAUCGGGAUAUUACGCCCACUACAGGGACAAUAACCGCUAUCAUUGAAUCGUUAUGUAGUUACGGCCCACCACAUGCUGCCAUGAUGAUAUAUAAGAAAGCAAAAGAAGCAAAGUGUACGAUAUCGUUAAACGCUUAUAAGAUACUGCUUAUGCGACUCUCGCGGUUUGGUAAAUGCGGUAUGCUUUUGCAAAUAUGGGAUGAAAUGGAACAAAGUGGUUAUGUUUCUGAUGUAGAAGUUUACGAACAUAUUAUCAACGGGCUUUGCAACAAUGGUCAACUUGAAAACGCUGUGGUCAUCAUGGAGGAUUGUUUGAAGAAAGGAUUUUGCCCUAGUAGACUUAUUUGUGCUAAGUUGAAUAACAAACUGCUUGAUUCAAAUAAAGUUGAGAUGGCUUAUAAGCUUUUUUUAAAGGUUAAAAAAAGUCGUCAUGAUGAAAAUGCACGGAAAUAUUGGAGAGCUAAAGGGUGGCACUUUUGAGAUUUCACAAAUAUUUGCAAUCCAGCAACGGGCCUAAGUAUAUUUUCUCAGAAGGAAGAUGGUUUACUUUACGCAAUUACCCAUUGAAGUUGUGGAAUUGAUCAUCAUCAUGUUAGCGAUUUCCUCUGAAGGGGUCCGCGAAAUUGCAAACAUUUCCGCAACUUGCCAGCUCUUUAAAAAAAUUACAGAGCAAGCACACAUCCUAAGGGAAGUCAACUUUCGUUGUUUGACUUUUACUGAGAACUUUUCUAUGCACCGUCACCCCAAAGACCUCCUUUGCGUGUGUACCCAAGUUGGAAAUCAGGCUGCCAAGAACAUUUUCGCGAAGGCGCUCUUAUAUAACGACGAGUGGUUCAAGCAGUUGAUAGUAGUAAGCAAUCAAGACGCACUUCAUUCAAGGGUUUCAUAUAGUGGGCUUGUAGAUUACCAUUCGAUUGUGAGAUCAUUUAUCCUCCAUGGUAGCAAUGCAGAUUUGGUAAAGAUGUAUGACCACUUGGUCAACUAUGUGCUCUCGUUUGUUGGAUACAAAGUGGCUCGUUUCGGUUUCCUUGAUGCUAUCUACAUUAUGUGUUCUGAAACGGUUAAAUUACUUCAAGAAAAUCGGCGUAGGUGUCUUCCAACAGUUCAGAGCACCACUAUCCCCACUAAACAAAGCUAUCAAGUGCCUGAAGAGCGAAAGAAAGUGCUUGUGAUAUUUGAUGAACUCUUUCCAUCCAGACCUGUUUGAGUUCUGGAUGGGACUUCUAUCAAUAAUAAUAAUAACAAUAUAUGAAUAAGUGCUGUUAGCAGCAUGUUUGUUAUUU